UUUCCACUCCGCUCUUGCCUUGGUCGACAGCCGCGCUUUCCCGCUCGCGUCGCAGCCUCCGGUGCCACCGCCGCCUCCGCCAUGCCCAACAUCGUGCUCUUCAGCGGCAGUUCGCACCAGGACCUGUCCCAGCGCGUGGCCGACCGCCUGGGCCUGGAGCUGGGCAAGGUGGUCACUAAGAAGUUCAGCAACCAGGAGACCAGCGUCGAGAUCGGUGAGAGCGUGAGGGGCGAAGAUGUCUACAUCAUCCAGAGUGGCUGUGGAGAAAUCAACGACAACCUGAUGGAGCUCCUCAUCAUGAUCAAUGCCUGCAAGAUUGCAUCGUCGUCCAGGGUGACUGCUGUGAUCCCGUGUUUUCCGUAUGCCCGACAAGAUAAAAAGGACAAGAGCCGUGCUCCGAUUUCCGCGAAACUUGUAGCCAAUAUGCUGUCAGUGGCUGGGGCCGAUCACAUCAUCACCAUGGACCUGCACGCCUCCCAGAUCCAGGGAUUCUUUGAUAUCCCGGUGGAUAAUUUGUACGCGGAGCCUGCGGUCCUGCAGUGGAUCCGGGAGAACAUUGCCGAGUGGAAGAACUGCAUCAUCGUUUCACCGGACGCCGGCGGGGCCAAAAGAGUCACCUCCAUUGCGGACAGGUUGAAUGUGGAAUUCGCCUUGAUUCACAAAGAGAGGAAGAAAGCAAACGAAGUGGACCGGAUGGUUCUGGUAGGCGACGUGAAGGACCGCGUGGCCAUCCUUGUGGACGACAUGGCCGACACGUGUGGCACCAUCUGCCAUGCUGCGGACAAGCUACUCUCGGCAGGAGCCACCAAAGUGUAUGCUAUCCUUACCCACGGGAUCUUCUCGGGGCCAGCUAUUUCCAGAAUAAAUAAUGCUGCCUUUGAGGCUGUUGUGGUCACAAACACCAUUCCGCAAGAGGACAAAAUGCGACACUGUCCCAAGAUUCAGGUCAUUGAUAUCUCCAUGAUCUUGGCCGAGGCGAUCCGAAGAACACACAACGGUGAAUCUGUGUCUUACCUCUUCAGCCACGUCCCGCUAUAGAUCCUGGGUGUGGAGCGUGGAGCAGGCCCGCUCUGGCUGCUGGCUUGUGUGCGUUUGUCUGACUUUCUAGUUUUAGGACUCAGCAAUUGUAGGGCAAUGCAAAAAACAUUUGAUCUUUGUAUACUGCAAGAGCCGUUGUUUUCCCCUUCUCAAGCUCAAGACCAUUUAUUUCCAGUUUGGGGGGAGGGUGGUGGUGAUUUCAUCUUUUUAAGUGAACCGUCGUUAAUGAACUUUGUUUCGUCAUCCCGACUUGUUCUAGUAGGUAACCUUUUUCUUUUUUUUUUUUUUUUCUUCUUCGGUAUUUUGAGGCCACAACUUUCGAGUAUCUAUUAUUCCACUGUGGAAGUUCGUAGUUUAUAUAUUUUGAGGUUGCCCAAGGCGACUUUGGAUUAAAGCCUUCUGUGUAAAUAACAAUAAUGCCUAUGGACAUUUGGGUAAAACCCUAUAUACAGAAUUAGCCUUUUACUUCUGGGUGAAUCUUAGAAAAUUUAUAAUACCCUGAAUUUUGUUGUUUUUUUUUUUUAAAGGAAGCAGAUUUCAAAUAAACCAGUCUGGUUAUCAUACUUAAUAUGACCAAAUUUUAUGGAGCUUAAGACGGCUCCUGGCACCUUUACCUUCUGAUAAACAGUAGCCAUGUCAGAGGCACUGUAGUUCGGUAUCUUUUUUGUUAUGGCCACUUCUGAAAAUCAUGUUACAACUAUCACUCAUCUGCAAUGUCAGGUUCUAAAAUUCCAAGGUUUGUGUUCAGCAAUAGAUCUGAUUGAUAAAGCGUCUGGAGAUAGACCCCGCAGGCUGCCCAGUGGCACUCACGCUGUUCCGCAGCUAUCCCUGGGGACAUCUCUUUGAGCAGCUCCUCCAGUCCUGCUGUCCUACUUUAUGGCCUAUUUUUAGCUCUAGCUUUUCCUUUGCCUUUUUUCCAGUAAUUUCAUGUUUUGGGUUUCCACCAAAACACAGACUCUUCAAAGCCCCCUCAAAUGCACUAGUUUGAUCGUUGUUUUGCUUUUAACAUUGUAAAAGGGUGCGUUGUGACAGCCACCAAACGUACAUUGAAACAUUCCGUCCUUCAUUUUACUUUCGUAUUCCUUUGGCUUUUGUAAUCAAAAGGAGCAACUCUCCUAGGCAACUGAUUAUUUUUAACUGAAACUGUUAAAUGAGAGACGUGGGUAAGAAAGGCCUACGAAAAAAGUAAGCAUUAAUUGGCUCCAUUAGGGUAAUGUUAAAGUGGCGGCCCAACAGUGAUGGUGGCGGUGAGGAUUGCUCAAUCCACAGGUUGGCCCUUGACGACACGCUUCUCCGAGAGGCAUCCACCCUUGGCAGAUGGCAGGCGUCGGCUCCCUGUGAGUUUUGUGAGAUGCACGUUGGUACGCAACCACCUGAAUUUUUCAGCCCCAGAAGAAGAGAAUCCGCCUCAGAGACAAAGCCCUGGGAAGAGUCACAAUCCUCUCUCUGCUGAAUCUUAAAGCUUGAAGAGAGGAAAGCCCCUGCUCUAAAUUCUGCAGGUGGGAAAAUCCAGUCAUUAAGUCAGUAACAGACUUGAACAACAAUCUUUAAGCUUUCAAACUUCCCUACAGCAGAGGUUUAAAAGUUUAAAAAGAUCAUUUGGGUCAUUGCAUUUUGCUGUACCUUAAAAUAGCUUUUGAGGGGGAAAAAAAUGGUGUUAUAGCCAGGUACAGUCAGCCCUGUAGUACGGAUCCAGUCUAUCUAGGGAGAGUUGACCUGAGAUCUGGAAAGAGCCUAGUUAGACACAUGUCGAUAAAUGAGUGCUAUCUCUUUCUGGCAGUUUCUACGCACAGGCAACCGAAACUGUAGUCAUGAGCAUGCCAGGGUGGAGAGUCUCGGCAUACUAGUGUAGAUGUGUUGAUGACUGCAAAAAGUUGAUUUAAAGGUAAUCAUUUUGUCUUAAGAUGGACCCUAAGAUCUAGAGCUAGUUUUAAAAUCUUCACAUUAAAAGAAAAAUCUGCAUGGUCAUUAUUACGAACUGAUUGUUUCUCCCAUUUAGCCUCACUUUUUAUUUUCAAGUACUUCUGAUACAUUAACUAAUUAGGCUAGACUUGGCUAUACCCAGUGGCAGUGUAUCCCUUAACUGUUGGAUGGUUUCAGUUCAAUGGAGGAUGACGAAGGUGACCUCAGGAAUGGCCUGAUCCCAGAACUUGGGUAUCCCUUGCUGCUAGCGUGGAAACAUUGAAGCGAUGAUGAUGAAUUGAAGUGAUGAAUGAUUAAGCCAAGUAGAUGGGUUCUGUCCAUCUCUGCUGAAUGGGGUGGACUCCUAUCUAUCCAGCCGAAAGGGGAGCCAGAGAAAUACAGAUACACCAAAGCUGCUCAUUCUCCAACUUAAAUUAUAUUAAUCAACUUACUGACGUUCAUCUUAGAACUUGCCUUUGUUAGAUGUCAACUAGAUCCAAGACUAUGUCAUUUGCAGUGCUUAUGGUGGUUUAAAAUAAUAGGAUUUUAAGGUUGUCCAACACUGUACUACAAGACGUCAAUAAAAUCAAUAAAACCUUC